CUAUAGUUCCCUAUGAAGAGCGCAACACGGGCAGUUCACUAGGGUUUGAGACACUGCCUGUGUCGCGCACUUAAUCUCGGACAGUGCACUGGUCCACCUGGAUGCCUUGACUUUCGUUUCUUUGCAUUCAAUCCUAGCAAAAGAGACACUUUAAAAAUGGCUGGAGCAAUUAUUGAGAAUAUGAGCACCAAAAAGUUGGUGAUUGUGGGAGUAAUUCUGCUUUUAUUCCAGGCGUUCUCCUUUAUGGUCGGAGGACUGAUUGCUCCGAGCCCCACCACCGCCAUCCACUACCUGGCCACCAAGUGUGUGGACACCGUGAAGACCCACCAUAAGGGCUCCAAAUGGUUCAUGCCAUGGGGCCCCGACCAGUGCAGCAAGAUCAGAGACUUUGAUGAAGCCACGGCCAAGAGAAUCGAGGCCAAUAACAUUGUGUUUGCGGUACACAUUCCUCUGCCCAACAGAGAGAUGAGUGCCUGGUUCCAGUUCAUGUUGGUUAUCCUCCAGUUUGACAUCGCCUUCAAAAUAAAAAACCCCAUUGAUGAUGGAGCUUUGGUCACCAUGGACGUUGGUCUGGCCUACAGAGACAGCACCCUGAGUGAGUGGACUGAGAUGGCCCAUUCCAUAGAGCAUCGCAAACUAAGCUGCAAUUUCACUGCAACCAAGACUUUUGAGAAUGAGGGCCGUUACUAUGAUUGUGACCUGUUGCCCUUUAUGGAGGUUGGCAGCGUGGCCCAUAAGUACUAUCUCCUCAACAUCCGGUUACCUGUCAAUGAACGCAAAAAAGUCAACAUUGGGAUUGGAGAAAUCAAAGACAUCCGUCUUGUGAGCAUUCAUCAAAACGGUGGCUUCACCAAGGUUUGGUUUGCCAUGAAGACAUUCCUCACUCCCAGCAUCCUCAUUAUCAUGAUCUGGUACUGGAAGAGAAUCACCCAGAUGACUCGGCCACCCGUCCUGCUAGAAAAGGUUAUCUUCGCUCUGGGAAUCUCCAUGACCUUCAUAAAUAUCCCAGUGGAAUGGUUCUCAGUGGGUUUCGACUGGACCUGGAUGCUGCUCUUUGGUGACAUCCGUCAGGGCAUCUUCUAUGCCAUGCUGCUUUCCUUCUGGAUCAUCUUCUGUGGAGAACAUCUCAUGGACCAGACUGAGAGAAACCGUUUUUCUGUGUACUGGAAACAGGUUGGACCCAUUGUUUUUGGCUCAUUCUGCCUCUUCAUCUUUGAUAUGUGUGAGAGAGGAGUACAGCUGAAGAAUCCUUUCUACAGUAUCUGGGCCUCAGAUGUUGGGACAGAGCUUGCUAUGGCCUUCAUCAUUGUAGCAGGAAUCUGUGCAUGUCUCUACUUCCUGUUCCUGUGCUUCAUGGUGUUCCAAGUGUUCAGAAACGUCAGCGGGAAAAGGUCGUCCUUACCUGCUAUGACGAAGGCUCGUCGACUGCACUAUGAGGGCCUCAUCUUCCGCUUCAAAUUCCUGAUGUUGGUCACGCUGGCAUGUGCUGCCAUGACUGUAAUUUUCUUCAUCAUAAGCCAGGUGAAUGAGGGUCACUGGCACUGGGGCGGGUACACUGUUCAGGUGAACAGCGCCUUCUUCACUGGAAUCUACGGCAUGUGGAACCUCUAUGUGUUUGCCCUUAUGUUCCUCUAUGCGCCAUCUCAUAAACGCUACGGGGACGAGCAGUCAAGUGCUGAUCAAGGUGGAAACAGUGGAGAGGACAUUCAGCUGACCACCACCAUCACACAUGUGGAGGGGCCUACAGAGAUCUACAAAAUGACCGGCAAAGAAGCUCAAGAGUAACUGUCACCUUUACCCAGACUCCCAACAAGAGCCAGCAGAGUCUCAAAGGUUCAAGCAAUAUGCUGUGUGGUCCCCCUCAUUUCACUCACAGCCUCACAAAUAUUAAGUCCCCUUUUCACAGUUUGACUUUCCAAUCUACUGAGGUUCAGUCGGCUUGUGCCGAGCUGUAGAAAAAUGGAGUUGCACACCAUCUUGUGGUGCUGGGAGAAUUAUCAAGUGUAUCUCGCACUGUGGAUAGGCAAAGACACUGGUGAUGGCAAGGACCAAUGUAACGUACUUCUAAAAACCGGGAAGAAAGGGAAACAAGGACGUUGUUUCCUGUUGAUAUAUUUUGUAGCUGAGAUUGUUUUCCCCUUUCAUUUUGUAAUUACAAAACAAGGAAGAAAAACUGUUAGCAUACGGUAUAGUCAUGUAUGUAUUUGUUGGUUGAUCCUUCCUCAUCUGACUUCCUUAAACACUCCACACCAAAUGUAAACACACCCAUGGAACCCAUAACAUGAAUAACUGAAUUUAAACCAAGGUCUCUCAGAACAAGGUGUGGAUGUCAAGUGACGUAUAGAUUGAUCCUUAUGUUCCGAAUGGCAAACACUCUGUUCUGUGUUACAAUGUAGAGAUAUAUUUUUUAUAAAGUGCUUAUUUUCAUCUUUAUGAAAGCAUUAGUGACUGUAUUGUAUCAUUGUGUUGUAAAAGUUGAGUUUUUCUUUUUUCAAUUUGUAUCACAUGGAAAUUUAGGGUUUUGUUUUUUUUCAUGCUUUUUAUGCUAAUUUAAAUAAAAAAAAAAAACAUUUUA